AUGAGUGUGCAUCAUCUUGAGCAAGUAUCCUGCGGUCGGAAUGAUGAAAUGUCCCUGGAUGUCCGAUGGAACAAUGCACGACUCGUCGUUCACCUCAAGCUGUCUCCCUCGAUCUCUACUACUUCUACACCAAUAGAAAACACCUUCAUCCAGAAAUUCAACUCUGCCAGCGAUGAGGAUGAUGGGGAACAAGCAGAGCGUCUCUCAGGCGAGUUCCUGGAUGCCGUUGUAGAGAUUGGCCGGCACAGCUUUGAUCAUCUCGCUCCUCCAACUGUACAAUUACAAGACCUCCACACUGUCCUCUUCCCCAAAGAAUAUAACUUUCUCUUUCGAACCUCCGACGGAAAAGCAGAAGUCGUUCGCGGCAACGAUGCUAUGAAAAACCAGGAUCUCCUCGAUAUUCUCGUCCUUGAAAACCUUAUGGGUGAUGGCUACAUCGCACGUGUAAAGGUACACGGCAGAGAGAUGUGCUCAAAGGCUGGAGAUGCAAAGGGGGAACGUGCCGCGCAAAGAGAGCUCGACUGUCUCUGGAAGAUUUAUAUCUCUGGAUACGCAGACGCUCUUGGCGUGCCAAAUCUCCUGGGAUUGGUUAAAAACCCCGAAAAUAAUUGUGUUAUUGGGUUUUUGGAAGAGUACAUCCCCGUCUCGCCAACCCGGGAGUUAUCGACACUGGCUAGUAUUGAGAAUACCUCUGUAAUUGACAAGGAUCGCCGGAUGAAGUGGGCGUUGCAACUGCAGGACACCAUUCGGAUCCUUCACAAAAUCAACGUCACAUGGGGUGACGCCAAAGCCUCCAACGUGCUGAUACACCACGAUACGGACGAUGCUUGGGUCAUUGACUUUGCUGGUGGAUGGACGGAUGGCCGUGUAGGUGACUCUUUGGCGGGAACAGUGCUGGGGGAUGAAUAUGGGUUGAAGAAGAUACUUGAGUUCUUAGAAGUGUAA